CGAGGCUCAAACUCGCUGCGCAACGUCACAAAUUUCAGCGCGACGCGUCGACAGCAGCCCGAAUUUGAACGCGCGCAUAACAGCGUGAUGAGGCUGCCCGAAACUGAUGAUGAGGCAGAAGACAGGCGCAAGGACAUCCGAAGAAGGUACAAAGACGCCGGCAAGCGGCUGCGCAGCUUUGCAAGAUAUGGUGACCUGGCAUCGGUGUUGCAGCUCUUGCCCGAAGGCGUGUACGCGUUCUGCGCAGGGUCGCACCCGCGGCUUGGCGCCGCCUCGCCAGUGCGCCUCUUGCCGCGGCCGCUGGUGAAGGUUAUAGCGCGCUUCGCUCACGAGAAGAUCGACAUAAACGCGGCCGACGACCGCCAGGGUCUAAGUCGUGGCGGGACGGCGUUGCAUCAAGCGUGCGAGGACGGCCACGUAGAAGUUGCGAAGGCGCUCAUCCGCAACGGAGCCGAUAUUAACGCCAUGAGGUACCUCGACGAGACCGUGCUGAUGGCCGCGUGCGCGGCGCGGCGCGGAACACAUGGUUUUCAACGCCCGGAUCUAGACACGGCGCGACUCAUUUUGGAAUCUGGAGCGGACGUCAAUCUUGGGAGUCCGCUGUUCAAUGCAGCCUUUUGCAAUCACGUCGACGUCGUCCGACUGCUCCUGGAGUUUCGUGCCGAGGUCGACCGGCGGAACAGGUGGGGCACGACCCCUCUCAUCGCGGCCGCGAAGGAGGGGCACGACGAGUGCGUGCGCGUCCUCCUGGACGCGGGCGCCGCUGUAGACGGGAGCGAGGAGACGGGCAGGCGCGCGCUGUACUACGCGUGUUACGAGGGCUAUACGUCGACGGCGCAGCUCCUCCUCGCCCGCGGCGCCGACGUCUCCGCGAGCAAUGGCAGAGACCCCUUCCGCCCCGUUUUCCGGGCAAUUACGUACGACAAAGAUAAACGAAAAAUUGGCGAGGCCCUCCUCGCGACGAUGCGGGCCCGCACCGCGCGCCUCGAAGCCGAGAAUGCUGAGCUCAAGUCGCGGCUCGCGCGCUACGAGACUAACAAUGCGUAG